CCGAGGCGGGGCCUACCCUGACGCGGUGACGCUGCCGGCGCUGAGGGGAAGGCAACCGGUAGAAGGCUCCGCCAUGGCGAGCCAGUCGCAGGGCAUCCAGCAGCUGCUGCAGGCCGAGAAACGGGCGGCAGAGAAGGUGGCCGAGGCUCGAAAACGGAAGAACCGGAGGCUGAAGCAGGCCAAGGAAGAGGCCCAGGCGGAGAUCGAGCAGUACCGCCUGCAGAGGGAGAAGGAGUUCAAAGCCAAGGAGGCAGCGGCACUUGGAUCUCAUGGCAGCUGCACCACUGAGGUGGAGAAGGAGACCCAGGAGAAGAUGAGUGUGAUCCAGCAGAACUUCCAGAGGAACCGUGAGGUGGUGCUGUCCCAGCUGCUGUCGCUGGUGUGCGACAUCAAGCCCGAGAUCCACGUCAACUACCGCAUCAACGGCUAGCGGGGGCGGCAGGCGCUGACCCCCCGCGCCUCAGGUGGCAUGUGCAGCUCCCAGCCAUACCCUCCCUACUCCUCUUGUACAUGUGUUCAGUUACUUCAGUGAGUUGUAGGUCAUCAGUGUCUCGGCAGAGCUCCUCUCUCUUGACGCGGGUUCACAGCUGACCGGUGGCCCUGGCUCAGAUCUGUGCUGUGUGUAUUCCCCUGGGCACACUGCUGCUCUCCUUGCCCC